AUGUUGAUCAGUCUGCUCACGUUUUUACCAAUUAUUUUAUUAUUGAACAGCAUUGAAACAACUUUAUCCAAAGAUGUGACGAAAUUCAGGAAGCUACCAGAAAUUAAGUAUGGGAUGAAAUGCGUUCAGGGGAAGACUUAUAAGAUGGACUGCAACACCUGCCGUUGUGGUUCUCACAAUAACUUAUUAUGCACCAAAGCGCUAUGCACCGAUAAAAUUAAGAAGGAAAUUAUCGAAGAACUAGAACCAGAAUCGGAACCUUCAAAGAGAAGUAGCAGAUCAUUUAAAGUCUCAAACCUAGAUAAUAUUAUAGGAAAGAAAAAGAAAAUAAGAAGAAUUAUCAGAAGGGAGAAUAAGAGAUACCUAAGAACAGAUACUAAAGGGUUCCCUAAUCUUCCACUCGGUAAAAUGUGUGUGCCAGGAAGAAUUUAUCAGGACAGAUGCCAGAGAUGUUAUUGUAAAACAAACAGGACGGCAUUUUGUUCAAAUGAAAACGCUUGCAAACAAUCAAAAGUGGCUCGAGAAUUAAAACCAGAAGAUGUUAGGCCUCCGAUUACGGAUGAAGAGUUCAGGGAACUACCUGAAUUGUCCCACACUGCAGCUCGCUGUGUACCAGGCACCACUUACAAAGUCGACUGCAAUGUUUGCCUUUGCGAUGAAUUUCUAAAUCUGAUGUGCGACAAACUUCUAUGCGUGAGCUAUGCUGACGUGCAUAAAGCCGAGGCUAUCAAAAAAUCUGGACUUCCAUGCAACGUCAAUGAUUAUAUGGAGAAUAUGGUGUUGCAAUCUAAGUGCGUUGAGUGCACCUGUAACGGCACGACUCAUUGCGUCGCUAAACAAAACUGCAUCACCGAAGCUGAGACCAUGCACCGUACAGUCAGUUCGAGAAGAACAUUCGACGUGGACUCAGACAAAUGCAUAGCUAACCACGUCUACAACGAUGAUUGCAAUAGAUGUUAUUGUCAAGAAGACCAAAGCUUACGCUGUACGCAGAAGAAAUGCCUCAAUUACAAAGAGGCGCUUGAAUUACAGAAGCGCCAAAAAUACUUACUACGACAUGGACUUUAA